CUGUGAUGAUCAUUCUUUUCCAGUGCAGUUUCCAGUGUGGGUGCAUUGAACGUGGUGCUGCUGGUGCUACUAGUGAUGUCUGGGUUAAUAGCUCGUUAAAGACUGAAAGUUAUUUUUUUCAAAGUAUGUAAAACUGUUGUAAAAUCUGUUUUACUGUCGACACCCCGUUCGAAUCAGUUGAUUCAUUUGUAUACCUAAUUCGCCAAAGAGAGUUUGUUUACUGGGUGAAUUUGUGUUGGUUUGUUUUUAGAAGAGAGACCAGAGAAGAGUUGUCUUGAAUACGAAUUUUACCGUUUGGCGAGUCGGUUGUUAAAUUUGAUUUUACUUUUCGCAUUUACGACAGAAACUGUUGAAUAAGGAGGUGAAAGUAUUUAGCAAGCAGAUACAUACAUAGUCGCACAAAAUACUGUGCAGGACAUGAAAGUGAAAUAAGUAACUCGAAAUCGAACAGUUGUAGAAAUCAGUUGCGAAACUUCUCCUGCAAAAAUAUUCUAAGAAUGACUCAGCAAAAUCAGUCAUAAUUUUAUAAAUUCGCAAAGACAAGUUAUUAUGGAGCGAGACAACGAAUUCCAACUUUUGAAGUUGAAAGUAGCGUCUGAAAUUGUGCGGAGUAGUCAAUCCGUGGUUGCCUUCUCCAGAGCCUUUUAUUUGGAAGAGGUGCUGAUCGACAAGAUUGGAAGUGAGGUCAAAGACUUGAAGUCUGAAUUUACCCAGCUGCAAAAGAAGAUUGAUGAUCUCCUUAAAACAGCUCAUUUGGAGGAUAACAUCGUUACCGAGACCAAUUUGAGACUACUUUGCUCAACCAUCCAGUCCGAAUUGGAUGGACAUUUUAAUGGAAAUGGGGACGAUGCUUUUCAAGAGUUUGAAAAAAGAGUAAUGCACGCGGAAGCGAGGCGACAGGCCAAAAGUUCACUUCUCCAACAAUUAUCCAGCAACGAACUCAUGACUAAAUUCGAGACGUUGACGCUGGCUGACCUGAGGCAAAUUCAUAUUCCUGAAUUUUCAUGCUUCAUAAACGAGUCGGAUUUUGGACAGCUGGAGCAACUGAAUCAAGAGUGGAGUCAAUUUAGAAAAGACUUGAUUACUAUUUUAAAGUCGGGACUGGAUAAAAUUGAGAUUUUUCGCAUUAAUGAUCUCUCCUCGUACAGACGAUUACACCAACAUCAAAAACACGCUCACCAUCAAGGAGAUGGUUCAACAAGGUCAUGUUCCGUGUCGGACUUGACCAUGAAAAACUUUAACGGAAAAGUCGAACAGGACUCUCUCGACGAGAUUGGAAAGACAUUUGCCAACCGGAGUGGAAAUGUGUUGCGAAAAUUUUCGUCCUUAUUGAGAAGAGGAAACCGCAAAAGUAAAACAUUGUCUCAUGAUUCCUUCGAUGAAUCUGGCGAACCCUGAAUUGCUGAGAUGCAAUAUCUCAUUUAUCUUGAAGAAGUGAAACCUUAAAUUAUCUUACUGUAUGUAAAAGCUGGAGAUUUAAUAAAUGAAAGACAUGAUUUUUAUAACACUUAAA